GGCGGAAGGGGGGCCUCUUGCGUCAGUGCGGGAUCGCAGGAGGAGAACGGAGGGAGAAAGUGCAGGGGCGAGAGGAGAGAAGCGGAAGACGCGAACGGGGAAGGGGGAUUCAGAGGAGCGGAGUCUCUCUCUGCGGGGGCUUCUUAGCACGGCGCGGUCCGCUCUAGGGUGUCUCCAGCCCGGGCUGCUCCCCGCUCAGGCGCCAGUCCCCAGCCAGGCGCGGGGCGCUCCAGCUCCUGCCCUGCCGGCCGCAAUGGGGCUGCGCCCGGGACCCGUCGCGCCCCUGGGCUGGGCACUGGCGCUCCUCCUGUCUCUGGCCGGCGGGCUCAGCGAGGCCACCCCGCACUUGAGGUACAACCGGCCGGGCGCCAGGAGCAAGAACUGGUGUGCCUACAUAGUGAACAAGAACGUGAGCUGCUCUGUGCUGGAUGGAACUGAACAGUUUAUUCAGGCGCAGUACAAAUGUGCCUGGAACCAGUUUCCCUGUUCACCAACCCCAGUCUACCGUAUGAGUUUCAGACCUCGGUAUACAAUUGCUUAUAAGACAGUAACAGAACUGGAGUGGAGAUGUUGUCCUGGUUAUAAAGGUGAAGAUUGCAGAGAGGGUCCAGCAGAACAACCAAGAACCAUUCUGUUUCCCACUUCUCCACCACGAACUCGUGUGAAGAAAGUCUUGGACUCAGAACCAACGGAAAUGCCACGGGAAUCACCCGAGAAGAAAAUUCAAUUCCUUGAGGAUGAAUUGUUUCGACUUACGCAGACAGUGCUUGAUCUUCAAUCCUCCUUACCAGGUGUGAAAGAAAACCUGAAAGCAACUGUCCAAGAAGAUGUCAGUAAGAUGUUGGUCUCAUGGCUGAACAACCGUCAUAAUCACCCAGGGCCUGAUAGUGUUGUGGGUGGUGAAACAGACAGUAUUCAUCUGCCUGGAAUACUUGGCAAUAAAGACCAGAAAGAGACUUUUACUGAUUUUGGAAUGGAAGACAUAAAGUCUGAACUAGCUGAGGUCAAAAAUACUUUGAAGACAAAAAAUGACAAGCUGGAAGAACUGAAUGGGAAAGUGAAAAGCUAUGAAGGGCAAUUAAAACAACUGCAGGAAGCAGCACGAGGACCUACAAUAACAAUACCGAGUGGUGAGUUAUAUCAGGAAUAUCUAGAUUCUAAAAUUGAGGCCCUGAGACAGGAAAUGCUGGAAGGAUUGGAGAAGAAAAUGGCAGAUCUGAAAAACUCAUGUGAAUACAAACUAAUGAAUAUCCAGCAACAAUGUGAUGACCAUGAAACCAGCUGUUCAGAAAUAAUACAACUUGUAGAAGAAAAGGAAGAUGGCCUGAGGAAAGAAAUAAAUGAGCUACGAACUCAGAUCCAGGCUCCUUCAAACCAGUCAGGUUGCUGCAAGACUAGCCACAGUGAUGACUUUGGUCAACAGAUAAAAAAUUUGGAUGAGAAAGUUGACAGAGUUGUGGAAGUACACAGAAUCUUAAAUGCCAGAAUAGAUAAUGAAAUCAUUCGCAUUUCUACUCCAAAUCUAGAAGACAUCUUUGGCCCAAGAUGGGAGGAGCUAGAUGCUAGAAUCAAUGUUACAGAGAGGAAUGCUGAAGAACAUUGUUUUUACAUUGAGGAAACUCUCCGAGGUGCUAUAGCUGCUGAAGUAAAUGAAGUCAGAGACUUACUUGAUCAAAAACUACAGGCACUGGAAGACAGGUUGGGUGGCACUAUUUUAAAAAUUGCCAAUGCCACAGCCUCAGAUGGAAUAUCAAUUAGUUCAGGAUCAGUCUUGCACAGUGACUCAGAAUCUGGAAAUGAGCAGCUUACAACUGAGAUGAAUCUCCUGAGGAACAAACUACAAGCCAUUGAACACCUUUGCUGGCAGAAAUGCCAAUCUGCACCCCAAGAUAUGGAAGACCUUCAGAAAAGCAUAGAAAAUUGUAGCAACAAAUAUGAGUACUUGCUUUUGAAAGUAGAAGACAACUCUGCUCUUUUGAAGUCUUUAAAUGGUUCCCUUAAUGAGAAAUUUAACUUUACUAAGAGCAACCAACAGAACGUCCAGAAGGAUUUGCGUAGACUUCGGUAUGGUCUAAACGUCAUGGAUAAAGAUGUAAAAAAUCUUCAGGUUGGCUUGAGCAGCUGUAAGGAGCAACUUCUGGGUGUCAAUUCUACAUGUGAAAAGACCCAGCAAGGUGUAUUCAGAAAAAUAGAUGAAAUACAAAGAACAGUUGUGAAUCAAACUUCUCACCCAAAUGAUAAUUGCUGUAAUGAGGUGAAGGGGAGGAUGGAACAGCUAAAAGAACAAAUCUUUAAUGACCUCAGGAAAUGUAAAGAGAACAGUGGUAUUCAGGAGGGAGUCUCAGAUGUGGAUAGUAGACUGUCCCAUGUUGAAAAAGUCUGCAGCAAAAUAGACUCCAUCUCAGGUAGCCUGCAGCGAAUAAAAGAAGGUCUGAACAAGCAUGUCACUAGCUUAUGGAACUGCAUCAGUCAGAUGAAUGGAACCAUGACGUCUCAUUCCAAAGACAUUUCUGGUCUCAAAAAUUCUGUCCAACAGUUCCACAAGCAGGUCACCAAAAUCACCACUGACCUUCAGGAGCUGAUGAAAAUUCAGUCUGGGGCACCUGAAAAUCAACCAAGAGUACCACUGGGGAUACCACAAGAAAGACCUCCCCUGCAGCCAUCACAGCCAAGAACACCACUACAGCCACCACAACCAGGAACAUCUCUACACUCACCAGAGCCGAGAACACCACUGCAACCAUCACAGCCAAGAACACCGCUGCAGCCAUCACAGCCAAGAAUAGUAAUACAACCACCACGGCAAGGAGCCCCUCUUCAGCCAUCACAACCAAGAACUCCCCUACAACCAUCAUUACCAGGUUCAGCCACUUUACCACUUUUGCCUGGAUCAACUGGGAUCAUUAUGGAGUCUGGACAGGCUGGUCCUCCUGGCACAGUUGUAAUGUCAAGAAGUGGACGGCCUAAAGGCAUAGAUGGUCAGUAUACCAUGCCCAUAGCUGAAGGAUAUGCAGGAGCACCAGGGUAUCCAAAAUCUUCUCCGCCUUCUACAGACUCACAAGGACCUACUGCUGCUGCCACCUCUCUGGUGUCUUUUUCGGCUGGUCUUACUCAGAAGCCUUUCCCCAGUGAUGCAGGCGUGGUCCAUUUUAACAAAGUGCUUGUGAAUGAUGGAGACUACUAUAAUCCUAACACAGGCAUCUUCACAUCUCCCUAUGAAGGGCGAUAUCUGAUCACUGCCGUCCUUGCUCCUGAAAGGGAUGAGUAUGUAGAAGCAGUGCUGUCUGUUGCCAAUGCAAGCGUUGCUCAGCUCCACACAGCUGGUUAUAGAAGAGAACUGCUUGAGUAUCACAAACCACGAUCAGGGAAACGAACCUGUGGUGGUGCUGGAACAUUCCACCUCGUUCUUCACCUAAAAGCUGGAGAUGAAGUAAACAUUGUAGUUACUGGGGGCAAGCUGGCCUACACAGACUCCGAUGAAAUGUACUCCACAUUUAGUGGAGUUCUUCUCUAUCCGUCCAUUGCUCAUGUCUAGGUUCCUCGUGAAAAGAAGGGUAAGAUAUUCAGAAGAAAUAAAAUUUGAAGCUUUAAUAUAUUCAUUUUAUAUAUUUGAUUUGAGUGGUGGGUUUAUGAUCCAUAUUUAACUCUACCUUCUCCCCCCCCCCGCAAGACUUCUAAGUUCUGCCACUGUAAAAGGCAUGUUUACAACAGUUAAACUCCUUCUCCCAAGCCCUACAGAGUAGAAAGUGUGUCAAAUAGUAAAUUUGUACCCAGUCUGCAUAGGUAGCUCUCUAAUUUGCUCUCGUAUUAUUCCUUAGUAAACAAUUUCCAUUCCCUCCCUCUACCCCCCACUGUGUCACUGUCAGUUCCAUAAGCCCAAACCUGCUCAUUUGAAAUCCUACAUUUUUGUUCUCUACAAUUUUAGUCCUCUGGUCUGCUACUUUCAUGUUUCCACUAGUGCAGAGAUGAGGAAGUGAUGGUUACAUAGGCCUGAGCUUAUCUCUCCCCAGAUAUUGGGUUGUGAUCUUUGAGUCAGCAGAAUUCAUUUAAGAGAAAAAUAGCUCCAGGGAAUUACGGACAAUGGUUAUUCUGGGCAAAAAGGAUAUUGUUUGUCUGGUCAAAGGGUAAACCUCCACCCUCAGUUGCAAAAUAAAUCAGUCACAUCAUAUUCAACUGGAAACACCUGUAAGGGGAGAAUUUGGCCCUAACUCAAGUACUUGAUGCAGAACUGAGUCACUUUCUGCUGAUAGGGGAAAAAGGAAAAUGAGUAGAAGCUUCCUUUGAGUUAUAGUGCCUGGCUUUGAAAGCUUAAGACAAAAUAUGUUGAGAACAAACCUCAACUAUCCCUCCAGUAUGAGUGCUAAAGCUAGCAACAGGAAACUUAACUGUGAUCUGUUAGAAAAGGUGCAUUCAACUGGAACUGGACUACCUUUCAAAAACUACACUUUCCUGUGCUAAUUUUCAGAGGUUUUACAGUUAAGGAAAAAACAAAAAUUCUUUGCCCUGAUGCUAGGUGACAAACCCACCAACUACAGGGGAAAACUAGCUACAGCAGGGAAUAUCAUAGCUGUCUCUAAGCUCACCUAUUAUAAAUACACAAAGUAAACUGAAGAACAUUUUCUUUAGUCUUUGUUUUAGUAACCACAUUACUUGUAGCAGCAGUGACAAACUUUCAGACAAGGGUGCAUUUUACAUUAUGUACUCCAACCAGAUAGCAGGCUUCCCUUUGUCCUGAGUAGAUGAAAUACAUUUUAGACACCACUGUAGAUUUCCUCAUACCUUCAUUAAACUGGUGACCAGUCAAAUUAUGUGUUAGCUCAUUAAAUCUGGUAGUAUUUUAAUCCUUGGUGUGGCUAGAAAAAAAAUCCAACAGCAAUCUGAGUGGGAACAUGUGGCAGAUUUGUAAAAAUCUAUAAACUGAAGUUUUUAAUAGUCUUUGUAUAGAGUUUUAUUUAUAGCAGUGGUGUGUAAAUAUUUUAACUUUUCUACUGACAAAUCCAGAACAGCUCUUCGUCUCUGUAUGAAUACAACUGUUAGGAGGUAAGCACUCCCUUUCCUGUGAUAAGGUAUGAUAAAUAUAUAUCUAGUCAACAUCUUGUUACAGUUGAAGUGGUAGCUUUGGAAUAGAAGCUCCUUAAGAACUCUGUUGUGGGAAGUCUUUAGCUCAUUGCUUGGAAACAGAAUGAGCUCAGCUUUCAGGGUAAGUUUGAGAAGCUAAUACAUCAGCUAGAGAAGAAACUGACUCAGAAUUCCAUGACAGAGGAACAAAGUUUCUUCAUAGAUUUGUUUGACUGUAGUUUUUAUAAGCAAAGUAUCAGAAUCUCUAUUGGAACUUUAACACAAUCUUCAUCAGAAGUUGUUGGCACAUUCUUGGUUUCCAGUGAGCAAGUUAUAGCUAAGCUGAGGCUAGGAUUUUGUGUGGUGUAUAGUAGGAAAACUACUAAGCGGAGGAGCUGCUGUCUCUCAGCCAGUGCCAGAAAGCACACUAAACGCUUCCUAACUUACAGCUUCCAGGGAAAGAAGGGGAAGACUUAGGUUGUUUUCCUGAAACUGCAGUGCAGCUUUAAGUGUUAGCAUGCUGUAUGACAAAGCAAGCAGCUGUAUAAGGGGGGUGGGGUGUAUUUUCCUCUGCCUUAAGUCCGCUUCAUGCUUUCAAGCCAUAUCUUUUAGUGUAGACAUAGGCCAUAUGGCCUAACUCUCUGUGAGCCAACUAUUAUGACAACCAGUUUGUUCCUAGUAUAGGCAAAGAAGUGAGAGACUCCUUAAGUUUUCUUACACUCCUCCCAGAAGUUGGCUCCAGACAAUGUGUGACUCAAUAUUGGUGGCUGUCCUAGAAAUGACUCAUGGAAACAAUGUGAGCUGAGCGCUCAGGGAAACCCAGUUGGCAGGCAAGCUCCCUUUAAAAAAAAAAAAAAAAAAAAAAA